CAGCCCGCGAUGGAGCCCGCAGCCCCGGCCCGCGCCCCGCCCUGAGCGCCCCGCGACGGCCAUGCUGCCCCGGGUGCGCCCCAGGGCGCUGGGCGCCGCCGUGCUUCUUCUCGGGCUGCUGCUCCUGGUCGGGCUCUUCCUGCUCGCUGGGGACCCGCGGGCGGACGACUCGGGGGGCUCCUGCUGCCGGUCCACGCAACUUGAACUCCGGGACGGGCGGCCUUCGGGGCCCGUCGCGCGCGAUGGAGCCCCGCGUCCGCCCAGGUGCCAGCUCUUGCACGUGGCCAUCGUUUGCGCAGGACUGAACUCCAGCCGCGAGGUCGUCACCCUGGUGAAGUCCAUGCUCUUCUACAGGAAAAAUCCGCUGCACCUGCACCUGGUGACCGACUCAGUGGCCAGGGGCAUCCUGGAGACGCUCUUCCGCACAUGGAUGGUGCCAGCCCUCGGGGUCAGCUUCUACGACGCCGAGCAGCUCAAGCCUAAGAUCUCCUGGAUCCCCAACAAGCACUACUCGGGCCUCUAUGGGCUGAUGAAGCUGGUGCUGCCCGACGUCCUGCCCCCGGGGUUGGCCCAAGUCAUUGUCCUGGACAUAGAUGUCACCUUCGCCUCUGAUAUCGCUGAGCUUUGGGCACUCUUUGCUUACUUUUCUGACAAGCAGGUGAUCGGGCUCGUGGAGAACCAGAGCGACUGGUACCUGGGCAACCUUUGGAAGAACUACCGGCCCUGGCCUGCCUUGGGCCGGGGAUUUAAUACAGGUGUGAUCUUGCUGUGGCUCGAGCGCCUCCGGCAAGCAGGCUGGGAGCAGAUGUGGCAGCUGACAGCCAGGCGCGAGCUCCUCACCCAUUCCGCCACCAACUUGGCUGACCAGGACAUCUUCAAUGCCGUCCUCAAGGAGCACCCAGGCCUGGUGCAGCCCCUGCCCUGUGUCUGGAAUGUCCAGCUGUCAGACCACACACUGGCCGAGCGCUGCUACUGGGAGGCGGCCGACCUCAAGGUGAUCCACUGGAACUCGCCAAAGAAGCUGCGAGUAAAAAACAAACACGCAGAAUUCUUCCGUAACCUGUACCUGACCUUCCUGGGGUACGAUGGGAACCUGCUACGACGGGAGCUCUUUGGGUGCCCCAGCCAGGCCCCAAGUGGGGCCGAGCAGCUGCAGCAGAGCCUGGCUCAACUUGAUGAAGAAGAUGCCUGCUUUGAGUUCCAGCAGCAGCGGCUUACUGUGCACCGUGUGCACAUCACCUUCCUGCCUCACAAGCCACCAGCUCCCCAGCCUCACGAUGUCACCCUGGUGGCCCAGCUUUCCAUGGACCGGAUACAGAUGCUCGAAGCCCUGUGCAGACACUGGCCGGGCCCCAUGAGCCUGGCCUUGUACCUCACAGACGCAGAGGCCCAGCAGUUGCUGCAUUUUGUUGAGGUGUCGCCAGUGUUGUCUGCCCGGCAGGACGUGGCCUACCAUGUGGUAUACCGCGAGGGUUCCCUGUACCCUAUCAACCAGCUCCGCAAUGUGGCCCUGUCCCAGGCACUCACGCCUUAUGUCUUCCUCAGCGACAUCGACUUCCUGCCUGCCUACUCCCUCUACGACUACCUCAGGGCCUCCAUCCAGCAGCUGGGGCUGGGUGGCCAGCAUAAGGCGGCUCUGGUGGUGCCAGCGUUCGAGACCCUGCGCUACCGCCUCAGCUUCCCCAGAUCUAAGGCUGAGCUGCUAGCCUUGCUGGAUGCCGGGGCCCUCUCCACCUUCAGGUACCAUGAGUGGCCUCAGGGUCACAUGGCCACUGAAUAUGCCCGCUGGCGUGAGGCUCAGGCACCAUACCGUGUGCAGUGGGCAGCUGAUUACGAGCCCUAUGUGGUGGUGCCUCGCGAUUGUCCCCGCUAUGACCCUCGCUUUGUGGGCUUCGGCUGGAACAAGGUGGCCCACAUCGUGGAGCUCGAUGCUCAGGAAUAUGAGCUCCUGGUGCUGCCUGAGGCCUUCACCAUCCACCUGCCACACACACCAAGCCUAGACAUCUCCCGCUUCCGCUCCAGCCCUGCCUACCGCGCCUGCCUGCGAGCCCUCAAGGAGGAGUUCCACCAGGACCUGUCGCGACGCUAUGGGGCUGCUGCUCUCAAAUACCUCACGGCCCUGCAGCGGCCCCAAUGAGCCUCCCCUGGCUGGAUCUGUGCCACCUCUCCACCGGUCUCGACUCCUGUGGCCUGCAGACACUGGGCACCCUCCUGCCACCCUCCCACCUUCACAGCUAUUUAAGUUAUUUAAGGUCUCCGUGGGUGGGCCUGGGGCCUGCCCUCCUGCCAUGCCACAGCUGGGAUCCGCUCCCUUUGCCCCAGGUGGUUUGGGGCUGGCUCCCCAUCUUCCCUCCUGCACAUUCUUUUUUGAUAAUUAAAGUUUUGAAGUGAUUUUCUUGUUCCUCCCACGGUUGGGGAAUCAAGGGACAGGGGAGGUACUACCGCUGCUGGACCUCCAGGCAGGACAGGGAGACCCAGGGAAGGCAGAGGCUGGGACUGGAGUGUCUUACCCAUCCUCCCUGCCCCAAACUCAACACCAUGAGGCUGAGAGACUUUAUUUGGCUUUAUUUAGUAAAAUGUUAAAAUAAAUAAAUACAAAUUGAUCAGCUGCUCUGUAUCCCCCCCACCCCCUCAAAACAAAAACCAAACAAACAAAAACUUUGAAGCACAAAACUCCAAAUACAAGUUCUACCAAGACUGAAAUCACAAAGGGCAUGGACAAGAGACAGGAUUGGGGCUGGUUGGCGCUAAGAGCUUGCUGGCCUCUGGCCUGCCAUCCUGCCUGCCUGCAACUCCCCGGGCUGGGAACCUGGACACUGGAGAGAGGUGCAGGGCCCGGCAGCUGCAUGGAGCUGUGUGGGGCCCAGCGGGAGGAGCCGUGAGGGAGUGCCCAGUGGAAGGCACCCGCCUCCACUGAGUUACUUGUGAGAGCCCUGGCCCUCCAGGGGUGACCCCAGCUUCCUCCCCUCAAGUGGGAAGGCCAGAGGAGUUGCCAGGGGACACCAACUCUCGAGAGGACUUAAAUUGGGACUGAUUUAAAUCAGGGUGAAAACAGGACUCCCGUUUCCUGCAAAGCAUGCAGGCUGAGGGGUGGGGUGAGGUCAUCAUUUACACAGCAGUUUCCUCCAUCCAGCACAGCUAGGAGAGGAGCACCCAGGAAGAUGUCCUGGGGCCAUCAGUCCUCUUACUGUAGGCACCUCCCACCCCUGCAGUGAAAGUCUCCUAAAUUCAGCCCUUUAGGUAAGGACCACACCCAAGAAGGGAGGAAAGGGAAGAGACCACAUUGUGUGUGUGAGCUGGGCGGUGCUGAGAGCCCAGAGGCUCUGAUGGCCCCAAGGAGUGCAGAAGCAGGGUUCCGCACUGAUGGCCAGCUAUUCUCAGCAGCCCUGGGCCUGAGCCAAGCAGCAGCGGGCAUAGGGGGUUAGGGAGGCAGCCCAAGCCCUGCAGCGGGAGUGGGGGGGUGGGGGGGUGGGA